AUGCCGGGGGGCAAGAGAGGGCUGGUGGCACCGCAGAACACCUUCCUGGAGAACAUUGUCCGGCGCUCAAGCGAAUCCAGUUUUUUGUUGGGAAAUGCCCAGAUUGUGGACUGGCCCGUAGUUUAUAGUAAUGACGGUUUUUGUAAACUUUCUGGAUAUCAUCGAGCUGACGUCAUGCAGAAGAGCAGCACUUGCAGUUUUAUGUAUGGUGAACUGACAGACAAGAAGACCAUUGAAAAAGUCAGACAGACUUUUGACAACUAUGAGUCAAACUGCUUUGAAAUUCUCCUCUACAAGAAAAACAGAACUCCAGUUUGGUUCUACAUGCAAAUUGCACCUAUAAGAAAUGAGCAUGAAAAAGUGGUUUUGUUCUUGUGCACUUUUAAGGAUAUCACUUUGUUCAAACAACCGAUUGAAGAUGAUUCAACAAAAGGUUGGACAAAGUUUGCUCGGUUGACGCGGGCCCUGACGAACAGCCGGAGCGUACUGCAGCAGCUGACGCCGAUGAACAAGGCUGAGGUGGUGCACAAACACUCCCGGUUAGCCGAAGUUCUCCAGCUGGGAUCUGAUAUUCUUCCUCAGUACAAGCAAGAAGCUCCAAAGACUCCACCACACAUUAUACUACACUAUUGUGCUUUUAAGACCACUUGGGAUUGGGUCAUCUUAAUUCUAACCUUCUACACAGCAAUUAUGGUUCCAUACAACGUCUCCUUCAAGACAAAACAGAACAACAUUGCCUGGCUUGUGCUGGACAGUGUUGUGGACGUUAUUUUUCUGGUUGACAUUGUUUUGAACUUUCAUACGACCUUUGUUGGCCCUGGUGGAGAGGUUAUAUCUGAUCCCAAGCUCAUAAGGAUGAACUACCUGAAAACGUGGUUUGUGAUUGAUCUUCUGUCCUGUUUACCAUAUGACAUCAUCAAUGCCUUUGAGAAUGUGGAUGAGGGGAUCAGUAGCCUCUUCAGUUCCUUAAAAGUGGUCCGUCUUCUACGACUCGGUCGGGUUGCCAGGAAGUUGGACCAUUAUCUGGAAUAUGGUGCUGCUGUACUGGUACUGUUGGUGUGUGUAUUUGGACUGGUGGCCCACUGGCUAGCCUGCAUAUGGUACAGCAUCGGGGACUACGAAGUUAUAGAUGAAGUCACUAAUACAAUCAAAACAGAUAGCUGGCUCUACCAAUUGGCACAGAGUAUCGGGACACCAUAUCGAUACAACACCACUGGCUCAGGGCAGUGGGAAGGAGGACCCAGUAAAGACUCCUUGUACAUAUCCUCUCUCUACUUUACCAUGACAAGCCUUACAACGAUAGGAUUUGGAAACAUAGCACCAACCACUGAUGGAGAGAAGAUUUUUUCGGUGGCCAUGAUGAUGGUUGGCUGUAAGUAGAAUUUGAUUUUAUUGUGUUUAAGCAAAAGGUGGUUGUACAGCUGCUGUGAUGGUUGCAUAGCACAUUUGCUGUAAGCUUUCUUGAC